AUGGAGACAACUACGCUGAGAUAUCCAGCUCAUCCUGAAGAUUAUGGCGCGGCUGCUCAAUCUGACAGCCAUAUCACGCUAUCUACCCUCGUCAAAGUUCUCCGCGGCGUUUGUAUCGCCACGGGAACGCCUGAGCGCAUCGUAGAAAGAUUCGAACGCUGUUUGUCGUCCCAAUCGUCUGAAAUAUUCUCUAACUAUGCGGAAGAACACAUUCACAUCAAUAGGGGUGCUGAGUCUUGGUUCUCUGCUUGGUCGGACGCAUUAGCCCCAUUACUCUCUGACAACGAUAUGGAGCUUCGACAUCUUCUCAAUCUUGCACUUGUUAUUAGUUUUCUACGAGAAAGCUCUCACCACUCUAUGACUGUCAAUGGAGAGGAUCUGACCAUCCUGUGGAAAUUUGUCCACAAUGCGCUUACCAGCUCACAACUCACUCUUCAAGCUUCAACUGUCUCGUACAGCGCGCAGGGAUUCUUCGUAAUCCCACUCUGCGGCCUGAUAGGACAGAAUGGCAGCGGCGACGAGCUGUACCGCCUCCAGAUUUGGCUCCCUGACAGCCAACGAAACCCACAAUUUCGUGUCCAUUCCUACCAAGCUUUUAUCAAGAGCUGGAUCCUUGCUGGCAACGGAAAGUACAGUACUUUCAACGUCGAGAUUACGGCAGACCCCGAGCUCGCUACGCACACCGAAAUCCAGAGUAAAUUUCGGAUCGUGGAGGGCCUCGCUGAGCAGAACAAUGGAAAUCAAAACCAUCUAAUGCCUCAAGAUAGUCGGCGGUCGGUGCGUGCGAUUAAAACAGGCUCAUCGAGUCACACAAUCAAUAUGAGCUACCGCAUCGAACCAGGAACGUGGCACUCACUGGAGGUGGCACCAGACUCACUGCACGCCGGAAUCUUCCUGCUGAAAGUCCACUUGGCAUCUGAGACAGAUGUACGCAUCAUUGGCCCCAAGAAUGUUGACCUCCAAGUUCCGCACUCAGACAAAACGGACAUCACCUCAGCGUUGGUUGCUGCCAAUAUACAUGCGGUUCGCUCGUGGGAGCUAUUGUUUGAUGCCGGUAAAUGGCAUGCGCGGCAGUCCGAAAUGGAAGAUGCCCUACGCGUCUUCAACAGCGCGCUAUCCCUGUGCAAAACCGUCGUUGGGCUUCCAAACGCAACGCAUUACGCUCGACUGGUCCAUGGAGAGCUCGGUUUUACGAACAGAUGUCUCGGAAGAUACGACGUGGCUAAAGAACACUUGGAAGAAGCUCUCAAGGAUCCAGGCCUCAAUUAUGCUCGAGUCAAGGCGGCCGGCGAGCUAGGGACAGUCUACCGUAUUCAGAAUCAACUGAUGGAGGCGAGAGACACAUUUCAGACCCAGUACGAGACGGCGAAAACCCUCGGAGAUGAUCGGGCAACGUGUCGCGCUAUUGGAAACGUGGGCAUGACGAACUAUCAACUUUCCCAGCUGUACCGUGAUGACGCACUCCUAGACCUCGCUAUUGAGCAGCUCAAAGAACGAGUCGACCGUGCCAGAAGCAUCAAAGAAGCUCUGAAUGCUGAGAAAAUGGACCACAGAAAGAAAUUCGGUAGGCUGAAACACGCUUCAGUGUGGGAGUCGGUAGGCUUGAACCGCCUGUCGCUGUGCUACACCGCUCAGGUGAACACGAGAGAAGCAGUACUUGUGACGAAAGAGGCGCAGCAGAUAAAAAUUGAACCAGAAGAUCUCACCGUCACCGCCAUGUCGCACUUCUUCUACGGACGCGCGCUGCUACGAGACGGACAGCGAGCAGCAGCGAUGGAGCAUUUCAAUCCGUCGGUCGCAUGCACACCAGCUAUCGCGCUAUGCAAAGAACCUUCUGAGGAGAAUCGCCAGUACAUGCGAGAGCUGGUCGAUGUCGGCGUCGACAUGGAGCACGUGGACGAGUACGGCUACACGGCAUUGGAUUAUGCGGUAUUCGGCAUGGACACGGAAAUGGAAGCGAUUGUCAUCGAGGGGCUCCGCCAUACACUGAAAGGCGAAAUUGACGCAGAAAUUGCCAAACGCCAGUACGAGGCGAGGCUUCGAAAGGGCUAUCGGGAACUCUUCCACGACAGGAUGCGUCCGGUUCUGUUGACAGGGGGUGACGAUACCCUGAAAAAUCUUCGCAUCGUGUACGCUGCGGCACUUACUGCGAUAAAACCAGAAACUAUGACACAGAGGUUUGACAUGCUGAAGUAUGUGCAUUAUUCCGACUUCGUUCGCUGGGGUAAACUCCCACAGUACAGUGAAGGCUUCAUAAAGGAGUUGUCGGCAGAGCUUCAAGCGCCUCAAGGACGUGCUGCCGAGUUCAUAAUAUUUUUCUCGCACAGAUGGAUUCAUAAACGAGGUCAUCAGGUCUUUCCGGACGAUCCAGAGAACUCGCAGUACCACCGUAUGGUCCAGGCCACGAGAGAUUUUCUGGAUCUCAAUCCGACCGUGGAGCCUGACGGGCUGGGUAUCUGGCUGGACUACGCUUGCAUCGACCAAGAUAAUCCAGCACCCGGGAUAGCCGCCCUUCCAAUGCUGCUAGCACAAUGUGAUGCGGUCAUCAGCCUCGUCGACGACGACUAUUACAAACGUGCAUGGUGCGUGUUGGAAACUGUCAUGAUCCAGACUCUGGAGAAGUCAUAUCAACGGCACCGAUGGUAUGAGCACGCUCCGUCCUCGGAAAAGGGGAGUGACGAUAAGGAGUGGACACUUCGGGCUGGACCAUUGGAUUUGGAAAUCACCGCAGCAAAUAAAGAGUUGACCAUCGAGGAAGAUCGCCCCAAGAUUCUGUUCUUGGAGCGGCAAACCAAGCUUUUGAGGUGA